AUGCGCCUGAGCAAUAUUGCACUAGCGACCACUCUCAUUCUCUUAUCAAUUGGCGUUUACAGUAUCAACGACCGAAAGUGGGGUAAGUCAGACCUUACUUUGUAAUUUUAAACCAUUAUCUCAACGUAAAAUAUAGUAAGUAACAAUGAUAUACUUUUGGUAGUUCCCACAAGCUAUACAUAAUACAUUAAACUACUUAAUUCAAAAAAUACCUUAAGCGUAGCAAUUUUUCAUACUUAUAUCUAUCACAACCUUGCUAUAAUAUGACAUCUUAUUGUAACACCUUUCAGCAUGUAACAGAGAACGACAAUGUUAUCAGAACCACGAAUGCCCUGAGGGUCAUUACCGUAUCCUACUAGAAAUGCCAUCAGCACGACCGGCAGAGCAUUGUGUCUGUACUUGCGUCCGAGACGUGCUAUUUAGUGCUCGAAGGCGAUUCCAAGCCCAACGAAGGCGGCGAACACAACGACCACGACAAUAA